CGCAAUCGCAGGUAGCAUUUUACAGUCGAGGAGUACUUCUCACGGUAAUGGCGGGAGGUAUAAAUUUCAGAGUCAUUAUGUCGCCUUUAUCGGCUGCUGCGAUUCGCUAUCGUAAGAAUGGUUUCGCAAUGAACAUCAUGAGCUACAUCUGCAGGAGACAUCAUGGAACGAUCACGAAGGAAAACGCGGGAACUGGUUUAAGUCCAUUGCGUUCAUUGCCCAAGGUACAGCUCCAUAUCCACCUCGAUGGAGCAGUUAGACAUAGCACACUAUGGCAGGCUGCAAGGAAGAAAGGACUCUGUGGGCCGGCGAAUUCUUUUCCUGAAUUUGUAGAUUUGAUACGGUGUUCCAAAGGUGACCUGGCAAGCUUUCUUUCAUCUUUCGACAGAAUCCUUCCAAUCAUUGCCGGGGACCGAGAAUUAAUUAGCCAAAUCGCAUAUGAACUCUGCGAAGACCAAGCCAAAGAGGGCGUGGUGUAUUUUGAGGCUCGGUAUAGUCCCCAUUUCAUGUCUUCCUCGUUUACAACUCCAAAUAGCAGAGGCAAAUCAGUUAUCAGAGAUGACAUCAUGACACCACGUGACGUGGUGAUGGCAGUGAAUGAUGGGAUACGAAAAGGAUGUCAGGAAUUCAAGGUCAACGGUCGUACGAUACUCUGCAUGAUUAGACCAUGCCCAGAAUUUUCCCAUGAGGUGGUUGAGCUGAGCCAUGAAUUCCUGAACGAUACGGUGGUUGGGGUCGACAUGGCCGGUGACGAAGAUGCUCCCUGUACCAAACAACACAUAGAUGCCUUCAGGCUAGCUGGAGAUUUAGGGUUACAUCGGACGGUCCACGCCGGUGAACUCGGUCCGGCAGAGAAUGUACGAUUCGCCGUAGAGCAGCUUGGAGCAGAACGAAUAGGGCAUGGCUAUCAAAUAUGUCAAGAUCCUGAUAUAUACAAAAUGAUACGGGAUCGCUUUAUACAUCUUGAAUUGUGCCCAACGUCAAGUAUAUACACCGGUGCCUGGAAGGGAAAGUUAUCGGAUCAUAUUGCAAAAAGGUUUGCAAAAGAUGGAUUCAAUAUAGGUAUCAACACUGAUGAUCCAACCUUACUAUUAAAUACUAUGGAGUCGGAAUUUCAACUGGCCAAAACAUAUUUUGAUUUCACCGACAGCCAAAUGAAAAACAUGACGCUGAAUGCAGCUCAAUCCUGCUUCCUGCCAGACAAAGAAAAGACCAGUUUGGUAAAAGAACUCCAGGCUAAGUUUGAUACGUUAUGAUGGUGCAAUUUAGGUACGAUUUAUUGAUAAAACAGAUAAUAUAUUCCUUAAAUACAUGUAUAACGUAUUUUAUUGAAUCUUUCAUUAGGUAUUACAGCAAUAACCACUAUUUAAAUGUAUUUCAUAACGAACGAUGGGUAGUAAUCGUGAUAAUGCUUUCAGAUUGUUAAACAACAACGAAAUACAUGCAUGCUGUUAUACUGACAGUUGCUCUUUUUUUAACGCCAAGGCAUUCCAUUUAAUAACAUUGUCGUGUAUAAUUUCCACAUGCGUGUUUAGCUUAAUAAAACGAAUCUUGAUAUAUGAUAAGAUAUUAUGUACAGUAAUCUUGAAAAGUAUAAAAAUAUAAUAAAUAAUUUUUGAUUAAAAUGUUAGCAGACGAAGACUGCUCAACUCUGUUAACUUUGUCAACCCGUCUGAUGCGUUUCAAUGAAUAUUAUUAUUAACGUUUAAAAUCAAACGGGACACGUUUACAGUAAAUAUAUAAAUGUUAGCCCAAGUAAUAUAUUCUGAUAAUACGUGUAGGACUAAAUUCAGGAUCAUGAUUCAUUCUCAAAUUCUUUUCACGCUUAAAUGUCAUAUGCCUAGUUUCAUACUACUACUACUACUGCUACUAUUUCUAAAUUCUUUCUUGAAAUCAUUUAGAAUGAUCGUAAAUGACAGCCUGAGAACCUUCUGUCAUAUCCCUUUUUUAUCAAAAAACGAUAUGCUUGAUACAGGGAGAUCAUAAUUGUUGCAUCUAUAUGUUACCGAUCAGUCAGAAAACAUUGAUAAAAGAUAGAAAGUGUGCAGUGAUUUAAAACGAAGAAAACAUCCCUAUUCUACAUGUAUUUCAACAAUGUAUAGAUUUGGUGAAUAUAGCUAAGUCUGUCAUGCCAACGCUAGUUUGUCAUAACCAUAACGAAGACGAAAUACGGGUAUUGUUGUACUUAUCUCGAACUUUUGUAAUGAAUGAAUAUCAAUCUAAUUUGGUAUUUGUAUCAUUUAUAUCGAUACACAAUGUCGUGUAUAUUUGUAUGCAUUCCAUAUUUUACAUUUUAAAAUCUUUAUCUGAGGGCAUUGCACAACUUAAUGUAUAUUCGAUAUUUUAUGCAUGCAUCAAUGUUUUCAUGCCUGUCUUUUCUUCCACAUAAUUAAGCUCUGGAAUAUAUAUCAAAUAAAUGUAUAUCAAAUUUAUAUUUGA